UUAUUGAUUCAUCUAUCUAUCUAAGAUCUUACAUCAAACUUUAAGAGUAUUUGAAGAAGCGCGAAAACAAACACGAAUACGGACACAAACGCAGAAACGCAGAACAGAACGCAGAAGGCAAAAACAAAAAGAAAAGUAAAAAUGCCUAUCAAUGAUAAAUCAGGUGUUUCGGGUGGUGUUACUUGGGUUACUAGUACUGUUGGGUGUGUUUAUAUUUUAUAUGUAUUUUGUUUUAUGAAGUUUUGUAUCUUCUCCAUCUGCUCUCUCUUGUCCUUCCUAUAGCAAUUUUCCUACUAGAGGGUGGUCUCUUCAUCAUUCUAUUCGAUUCCUAUAGUACCUAUCUCUCUUGUUCUGUUUUAUUUUGUAUCUUCUAAUAAGUUCUCAUGAUUUCGAUAUCGAUAUCGAUAUCGAUAUCUUUUUUGGCAUUGUUCAUAUUAUGAGAUACAGCAGGAUAAGACAAAAUCUAACAAUAAAACAGCAACGGCAUCUCAGGCCUCACAAAUACAGUAGGUGGUGUAGUUGGAGCCGUAGGACGCGGCUUAGGAGAGACGGUUAAUGGGGUUACGGGGAAUGCUGGUUUGUUUUUCUCCUUUCUUUUUCUUGUUGGAAUUCCAAAUUCCAAAUUACGACUUAUAUGUGUAAGAUAAAGGAGAUGAUCAUUAGCUGAUAUUAAAUUGAAAAUAGGUAAACCAGUAGGCGAUGGGAUUAAAGAUGUUGGAGAGGGGAUCGAGGGUGGUGCGGCGAGGGUAGCGAAGGGGGUUAAGAAUGCGGGGGAGGGUCAGCAUGGACCUUUGAGAUAGGGGUUUUUUUCUUGGAGGGAAGUAGAGUGGAUGUGAUGGGUGAUGGGUGAUGGGGGAGGGGGAGGAAAGUAAAUGAGGACAAUGAAUAGGUAUGAGCUCGAGAUGAAUGUCGGAUGAUUAGCCUAGGAAGGGAUUAGAGAAUUUGAUAUGAUAUGAUACCACAAUUUUUCGUUGAAGAGAUAUACGCAGGAAAACACACGAGAUAUUUAUAUGGGGGAAGAGAAAUACUAUACUCGUUCGAUAU